ACGGUUUGAAUGAGAAGGCGUGAAGACUUGAGAGAAGACUUAGGCACUUGGCCUUCAGUUGAUCUCGUGACUGCUUGUUGAGACUUGAGAUAAUUAUUAUCAGUUCAAGAGCGAUCAAAUCUUUUCAUAUUACUUCAUCCUUCAGGUUUUUUACUUUCUUCCUUGCUUCGUUUAAGAUUUCUUCAGUGAACUGAAUGGUUUGGAUCUCUGAGACUUCGCUUUUAAUUAAACAUCCAACGUCAACGAGAUUGAAUAUCUACAUAGAUUCUGCUUCCGUUUAAUUUAUGCCUCAAGAGUGGAUGAGUCUUGCGACUCUGAAUCCUUGCAAUGGACUUGAUGUUAAUGGAGUUGUAUGUUCUUCAAGCUCUUAUGGAUCAACUAAGAGACGGAAAUAUGAUGUGUUUUUGAGUUCUCGAGGUGAAGAUACUCGCACAAGCUUUACUGAUCAUUUAUAUGAUGCUUUAAGGCGCAAAGGAAUAAGAACUUUUAGGGAUGAAGAAGGACUUGAAAGGGGACAAUAUAUCAACCCAAGUUUACUACAAGCCAUUGAAGAAUCUUGUUCUGCAAUUGCUGUGCUCUCCCCAGGAUAUGCUUCUUCAACAUGGUGCUUGGAUGAACUCCAAAAGAUUCUUCAUUCAAAAAAAGAGUUGGAUCUUCAAGUAUUUCCAAUCUUUUAUGGUGUAGAUCCGUCUGAUGUUAGGAAACAAAAGGGAAGUUUUGAAGAAGCAUUCAUGAAGCAUGAAGAAAGAUUUACACAAGACAAAAUGAAGGUGCAAAGAUGGAGGCGUGUUUUAGAAGAAGUUGCUAGCUUAUCUGGUUGGGACUCACGGAAUAGGCAUGAAACAGAAUUCAUUGAAAGCAUUGCAAAAGAAAUGAAGUAUAAGUUACAUGAUGAAUCGCCAUUUGAUCUUGGUGCAUUAGUUGGAAUUGAAUCAAAAUUAGAUGAGUUGGAGUCACUCAUAGCAAUUGAUUCGGAAGGAGUUCGAUCUAUAGGAAUAUGGGGAACAGGAGGCUUAGGCAAAACUACUCUUGCUAGAGCUUUUUAUGACUGGAAGUGCAAGGAUUUUGAGGGGGCAGGAGCAAUUCGAGGUAUAGCUCCAUCACUAGAAAAAUCAUCAGAUGCACUUUGGGAUCCUGAAGCCUUCUCAAAAAUGAGUAAUCUCAAGUUACUUAUCAUUUCAAGUUGCUCAUCACAUGUUUCUCAUUGCCAAUUGAAUCUUCCUCAUGGACUUAAAUCUCUUCCCAAUGAAUUGAGAGUUUCUGAAUGGGAGGGGUAUCCUUUAGAUUCUUUGCCCAGACAUACUCAACUUGAUAAACUUGUUCAUCUAAAAAUGCAACAUAGCAAGUUAAAACAACUUUGGAAAGGAACACAGUCUCUAAAAAGGCUGAUGUCCAUUGAUUUAUCUCAUUCCAAAUACCUCACUAAAACCCCAGAUUUUGAUGGAAUUGAUAAUCUUGAAACAUUGAUUCUCGAAGGGUGUUCUAACCUUGUUGAAAUUCACCAGUCCCUUGGGCAACACAAGAAUCUUGUCAUUGUUAAUUUGAAAGGCUGCAUAAAAGUUAAAAUCCUUCCAAGAAAAUUUGAGAUGGAUCGCUUACAAACUUUUGUUCUAUCUGUUUGUUCAAAAAUUAGAAAACUUCCUGAGUUUGGAAAGGAUAUGAAAUGUCUCUCUAAGCUUGAUUUAGAGGACACUGCUAUAUCCAAAUACCUGAAUCACUGGGCAAUUUGAUUGGUCUUGCUGAAUUAGAUUUGUCAGGCUGCAAAAAUCUGGUUUGCCUUCCAAAUAAUGAUUGUAAAUUGAUAGCUAGGAAGAUUAUCACAAUUUCUGGUUGGUCAAAACUUUCAAGGAUGCCAGAGGAUUUGAAUGAAAAUGGGGCUUUGGAAGUGCUCGAAGUGGGUCGUCGAAUUUCUAAUGAGGCACAAUCAAUUUGUGAGUACAAUGGUCAAGCACAUUCUUCAUCAUCAUCGAGUUGCUUCUCCCUUCUCAGGAAGGCAUUUGGGCUUCAAAGGCCUUCAAGCUCAAUAAAUCUUUUCUUGUCCCUUUCUUUUUCAUCCUUGACCGAAUUAAAUUUAGAGCAUUGCAAUCUCUAUGAUGGAUCACUUCCUGAUGACAUUAGCAGCUUUACAUCAUUGGCAACAUUAAAUUUAAGUGGAAACAAUUUCAUUGACUUACCAUCUGGCCUCAUUUCCAAUAUUUCGAAGCUUCAAUUUAUUGGUCUCUUUGAUUGCCCAAUGCUUAAGUCCUUGCCACAACUUCCGUCAAAUCUAUCAGUUAUUCUCGCAAGUGGUAGUCCAUCAAUGGAACAUUACAUUUGUUCGCAGAAACUAUGGGAGUUCAUUGAUUCAUUCCAAUCUCAGGUUCAUAAUAUCAAUGAUGUCUCAAUAUUAGAUGAUUCUGAAGGACGUGUGUUCUUUUCAACCUGACUUCUUCAUGCAACCCGGUCGCCAAUUAAUCAUUCCUGGUAGUGAAGUGCCAUCAUGGUUUCGUAAUCAAGACUACUUUUGUGAGAAAGAAUUCAAUGAUCCAAAUGUGUCAUUCAUAGUAAGCAUACCUGAUUAUUGUCGAAGAAGAAGUGAAUGGUGGGGCAUAGCCAUAUGCUUAGUGAUAGAAAACGAUUUGGCAUAUGACGAAGAGAGUGACGUUGCUUGGUGGACAUUCAGAUUUCCUAAUGAUGAAUUUCCAAAUACGUAUGGUUUCUCUUUCAUUUGGUUACAAUCAAAUUGCAGUCAUCAAGUCUGUUUUAUAUAUAUUCGUUGUUCCUCUUUAGUUGUAAACAAACUUCAAAUGGUAUUUUUUACUGGAUGUAAUACAUUUGGAAAUGAUGAGUUACCGAAGUCUAAA